CUGAGCAGCGCGCGCUUCCAGGUUGUGGCGCAAGGAGGGAGCGGGAGGGUGUUUGGGCCCCACUGCCCCUGGCACACACCGUUUCUCAGGAGCUGGUCCCCCGUCCUCCCCCAGCGCACCAGUCCCCAGUCCCGGGCCGCCCCGCCUGCGCCCGCGUUAGGUCGCGGGGGCGGCGCCGGCGCCUUCCUGUUCUGCCUUGUAUGGUGACCCGGGGGCCGGGCCAGGCUACUUAAGGCCGGACUGCCGGGGCGCCUUAGUAGACGGCGGAGCUGCGCGGAGAGCCAAGGGAGCGGGAGGAGCGGGGAGCGAGGGGAAGCGCUAGAAGAAGACGGUGUUAUGGGGCUGGAGGCGGUGAGCGAGCUGGAGUGCGAGACGCUGGGCGCGCUGCUGCGGGAGCCGCGGGAGGCCGAGCGGACGCUGCUGCUCGACUGCCGCCCCUUCCUGGCCUUCUGCCGGCGCCACGUGCGCGCCGCGCGGCCGGUGCCCUGGAACGCCAUGCUGCGGCGCCGCGCGCGUGGCCCGUCCGCCGCCGUCCUCGCCUGCCUGGUGCCCGACCGCGCGCUUCGGGCGCGGCUGGCCCGCGGGGAGCUGGCGCGCGCUGUAGUGCUGGACCAGGCUGGCACCUCUCUGGCCGCGCUGCCGCCCGACGGCCCGGCCCGAGUGCUACUGGCCGCGCUGCUGCAGGAGACCCGCGCCGGACCCGCUGCCGUGUGCUUCCUGCGAGGAGGUUUCGAGGCCUUCCAGGCCUGCUGUCCCGACCUGUGCUCUGAGUCCCCUGCCCCGGCGAUGCCGCCUGCUGGUGUUGAAAACAGCCGCUCAGACUCCAGGGCUCCCUUCUAUGACCAGGGUGGCCCGGUGGAGAUCUUGCCCUACCUGUUCCUGGGCAGCUGCAGCCACUCAUCGGACCUGCAGGGGCUGCAGGCCUGCGGUAUCACCGCUGUUCUCAACGUCUCCGCCAGCUGCCCCAACCACUUUGAGGGCCUUCUGCGCUACAAGAGUAUCCCCGUGGAGGACAGCCAGGUGGUGGAGAUCAGUGCCUGGUUCCAGGAGGCCAUAGGCUUCAUUGACUCGGUGAAGGACAGCGGGGGCCGGGUGCUGGUGCACUGCCAGGCGGGCAUCUCACGCUCGGCCACUAUCUGUCUGGCAUACCUCAUACAGAGCCACCGCGUGCGGCUAGACGAGGCUUUUGACUUUGUUAAGCAACGGCGGGGGGUCAUCUCCCCCAACUUCAGUUUCAUGGGGCAGCUGCUACAGUUUGAGACUCAGGUCCUGUGUCACUGAGGCAGGGCCAAGGUACACACUGCUGCGGGUCCCUGGGGAGCUGAGGGACAGCUGGACUCCCCUCAGACCCCACAGUCAGUCUCCCUCACCUCAGGAAUAGCUUCCCCUUCCUCGGAGCUUGCUCCCGAGUGGGAGCGCUGGGAGUGCAGGGAUCCAGGACUCUCUCAUCUGGUGCUCUUCUGCUAGGGGUCCAAGGGCCGGCCCUCAUUCAGGGAUGAGAAUGGAGGCUUUGUCUGCUUCCCUCCUCUUCCAUCCUCUGGCAGAAACUAACUGGACUCUACACGGGUGGACCCACUGGUCCCACCACCAUUUUGAAGCUCUUGGCAGCCUGAGAGCCCCAAGGAAACAAGCUGUGACAACCAGGAGCCUCGUCUGGGGAUGGCACACCCCGAGGCCUAGAACCUGAGCCUCUGGGGCGCUGGGCUAGAGAAGUGACGCGUCCCGUGUGUGUGGAUCUCUUGCGUGUGUUUUGUGAGCAUUGCAGGCUGGUGUUGGCGCUGACAAGUUAUUUGUGUUCAAUUGACAUUUAACACUCCCUCCCCCACUUCCUGCCAGCCUUGUGGGUGGGGCCUGGAAACUUAGCACUUUAUAUUUAUACAGAAUCUUGAGGAUGUGUCAAUAAAAUACUGUUUUUAAAAAACAACUCAAGCCGAUUCAUCUUAAGGCAAUGCCUGGGGAAAUGCUCCAAAGCUGUUAAGCAGAACUCACUUUUCUUUGUGCAGAGGGCGAGGGGGACUGUGAGGGAAGAAGGUGAGGUGGGCCCUCCUGCUCUGGGCCCCAGCUCUCCUGUACUGGUGGCCUUUCCAGGGCAGUGUCCUGUCUCAGCUAAGAGAGGUGGUUUCUGGGAGGUUGGCUCCAGCCUAUUCCUGUUACUGGCUUUGAUCCUGUGUCCAGGACUCAACUGGCCCCAUCCACAUGCUCCACUUCGUUUUGGGAGCACAUGGAUGGGUGUAUGUGUGUGUGUGUGUGUGUGUGUGUGUGUGUGUG